AUGCCCAUGCACUCUCACCUAGAUGCCGCUGAGCUGCUUCCGGCCUCACCUCUAUCUCGAGAGCAAUCUAUCUCCCCUGGCCUAGAACCAAUUCGCCCACCAUGGAGCCGGCCACGCUCCAGUCUCAGCCGCCGUAGGCGUACUUCGUCCACCUUCUCCCUCGUGGCGUCCGUCGGAUUCCGUGAUAAGGCCAUUAAUCGUAUUAGAAGAACCUAUAUCCGGCUCUACGACCUUUGGACAGAAUUGACAGUAUGGCAGAAGGUUGUGACUAUAUUUGCGUUUUUGGUCGUUUCGGCAUUUACUGUUGGAUUUAUGAUACUCUCAGGCCAUAUAUUCAAAUGGCUGGAACCCGUUGCCUCGGACUGGGAGAAAUCCCCUCUGGUGUAUUUUGUUCUAUGGGUUUGCACGUUUAUAGUAUCCUUUCCACCCCUAAUUGGCUGGUCUGCUAUUGGGACAGUAUGUGGCUAUUUGUUUGGUAUAUGGAAAGGUUGGAUAGUAUUCGCUACAGCAACAGUUGUCGGAUCAACAUGUGCUUUUAUACUAUCUCGCACAAUAUUCUCUGAAUUCGUACAUCGCAUUAUCAAACAUGAUAAGCGCUUCGCAGCUCUUGCCCUGACCUUAAAAUACGAUGGGCUGAAGCUUCUGUGCAUGAUCCGACUUUGUCCACUACCGUAUUCAGUAUGCAAUGGAGCAAUAUCAACGUUUCCUACAGUGCAACCACUCAUGUAUGGUCUUGCCACGGCCAUAAUAACUCCAAAAUUAUUUGUGGCAACUUUUAUUGGCAGCAGGCUUCGCAUUCUCGCCCAGAGCGGAGAAAAAAUGGGUGCGAUCCCGAAAGCUAUCAAUAUCACUAGCAUUAUUAUCGGCGUCUGCAUUGGAAUAUUUACUGGCUGUACCCUCGCUCGUGCUGCUGAACUUGAGGCUGAAGAACGGGCAAUUCUCGCGCAAGCAGCUUCCGAUCCGUCACAGCUGCCCCCGCCUGGCUCCUUCGCUGAUGAUCCUGACGAAUUCAUGGCUGCAUCCAGCCCGCUGGAUCGGGAUGAGGAAGAGCAAAUCGGCUUCAGAGAUCAAGAACGCGAGCUUCGGAGGGAUAUAGAUAAUGACCACGUAGCAAUAGACACUCGAGGCUAUCAGGACGAGCUCACAGAUAAUGAUUCUGACAUUUUCGGGGAAGGGGACGGCGAGAUAGAUGAUACUUAUAGUUUACAUCGGCGGACUUGA